UCCAUUGGAGUCGGGAAAAGUCACAUCACAUCACUGUAAUGUGAAAAAGCUUGCAGACCCAAAACGUGGUCACAGUGUUACCUGGGAUGCAGCAUCAAAAUAUCAGAAGCACGAACCUGUGAAACCAUUCAAAAACCCUGAUGGAGACUAAACAGUUUCGUAGCAAUUGGUUAACCCAGGCCUGGGGUGCAGGACCAAACUCGACCUUCAAGAUAAUGCUCAUAAAUUAAAGCUCUUGAUCGAGUCAGACAAGGCCAGCAUUUAGAGAGAGAGCAGAAACCAGAGGGGUUAGUUGUGGAGGUGCCGAGAAGAACCCAGCUGGGAAGAAGAAACAGAGAGUAUGGAGCUUGAAGAAAGACCAUCGUUUUUCAAGGUCCUUGUUGAUGGCUUCUCCCAGCAACUGCGUAUACCACGUGCGUUUGUGAAGAACUUCAAUGGUCGUGUACCACGAAUGUGUGGCCUUAGAGGCCCUUGUGGAAACUUGUGGGCUGUGAAUUUAAAAGAGAUCAAGGAUCGCGUGGUUUUCCAUAAUGGUUGGCAGAGUUUUGCAAAGCAUCAUUUUCUGGAAGUUGGGGAUUUCUUGACUUUCACUAAAGAUGAUGGUUCAAUUUUUGAUGUCAUAAUUUAUGAUAAAAGCUACUGUGAGAAGAAUGUUGAAGCAGCCAAGAGCAGGAUUGGCAAUGUUGUGGACAGAACAAUUAACAACCACAUCAUUUUAGGAAAGAGACCUGCACUUGAUCUUGUGGAAGAAACAUCUAUUGGAUCCAUCUCUUUCAAUUCGGAGAAUCCAUUUUUUACUACUAUUUUUACGAGGUAUACUCGAUAUGACCUGAGAAUUCCAAGCAAAGUAGUCAUAGCUGCAGGUCUUAUGAACAAUAAAACUAUAAUGCUUCAAGAUCCAACUGGGAGGUCAUGGUCUAUUAAACUCAACGAAACACCAAGGGGUCAAAUGCGUAUGGAAGGCUGGUGUAAUGUUUGUAAAGAGAACCAAAUUUCAUUUGGAGACACCCUUGUUAUUGAGGUAGUCAACCAUUCUGUACUUCAACUCCAUGUUUAUAAAGUAGGAGCAGCCCUGGAUGUCGAAACUCAAAGCUAGGUGGCUGCAGCAUUUCAGACUGCACUGCUAUUCAAAUUUGAUAAAAAAUGGUCUUACUCGUCUUGGCCAAACUGCCAAAGGAUCAUCUUCUGGUUUUUCACUCCCUAGUCGGUUCUUGUAUUUCUAAUUUGUAGUGUUUUAUGCAUUGUACGUUUUCUUCUGUAAUGUGACUCAUUGUUGAAUCAUAUUUCAAUUGGUCCUUGACUUUUUGUUGUUGAA